GGAGGACUAGACUGCAGGGUUUUGGUCUUCAUACAUAAUUGUGAGUUAAUGAGCUGACAUCCGCUCCUGUAGCUGUAUAAAAGAGAGCUGCACAUUCAGAUCAACACUACUACCUCCUGAACCAACAUCUACUCUCUCUGCUUUGGGAAGCUAUAUCUGGAGGUAACCAUGCUGAAGGUACUGUUUGUGCUGGGACUCCUCCUGAGCAUCACUCUGGCUCUUCCUGGCGUGGAGCACCGACGUGUUGCUCGGUCUGAUUCUUCAUCUAGCUCUGACUCCAACUCUAAUGAGGCUACUGCUACCACUACUACCACUACUACCAACACAAAUGCACAGAAUCAGCUGCUCCUUCAGUUCUUGUUAACCCUCCUACAACAACUUGCCACCACAACCACAACAGCAGCUACUACAACCACGGUAGCUCCUACAACUACUACAUCUGCUACUACCACCUCUACUGUAGCCACCACUGCUUAAACACCAGAGAC